CCGGGGCUCCGGAAGGGAAGGAGGCGUGUCCGGAGCCGGCGGGAGGGAGCUAUAUAAAAGUGCUGGCGGCGCGCCGGCCCGGGCUUCACUCGCCGCCUCGCGCCAGGGACCGGGAGAGCCGCGGGCUGCACCAGCCGUGGGACAGGGCGCUGCGCUCGGGCUACCCAAUGCGUGGACUAUCCGCAGCCGCUGCUCGUGCAAUAUGCUGGAGCUCCAGAGCAGCUAAACGGAGUCGCCUCACCGCUGCCUGGGCUGGAUCACAGCGCUGCCUUUCCUUAUGAAGAAGACACAAACUUGGAUUAUCACUUGCAUUUAUCUUCAACUGCUCCUAUUUAAUCUUCUUGUCAAAACUAAAGGGAUCUGUGAGAACCUCGUGACUGAUGAUGUGAAAGACGUCAAAAAAUUGGUGGCAAAUCUUCCAAAAGACUACAUGAUAUCUCUCAAAUAUGUCCCCGGGAUGGAGGUAUUGCCUAGUCAUUGUUGGAUAACCGAGAUGGUGGUACAGUUGUCAACCAGUUUGACUGAUCUUCUGGACAAGUUUUCAGCUAUUUCUGAAGGCUUGAGUAAUUAUUCUAUCAUAAACAAACUUGUGAAAAUAGUGGAUGACCUUGUGAUGUGUGUGGACGGCACCUCACUUACGGUUAUGAAAAAGUCAUUAAAGAGCACAGAAAGCAGGAAGUUUACUCCUGCAGAAUUCUUUAGAAUUUUUAAUAGAUCCAUUGAUGCCUUCAAGGACUUGGAGAUGGUGACAUCUAAAGCUAGUGAAUGUGUGUUUUCUUCAACAUCGAGUCCUGAAAAAGAUUCCAGAGUCAGUGUCACAAAACCAUUUAUGUUACCCCCUGUUGCAGCCAGCUCCCUUAGGAAUGACAGCAGUAGCAGUAAUAGGAAGGGACCAAAUUUCUCUGAAGACGCCAACCUUCAAUGGGCAGCCAUGGCCUUGCCAGCAUUCUUUUCUCUUGUAAUUGGGUUUGCAUUUGGAGCUUUAUACUGGAAGAAGAAACAACCAAAUCAUACAAGGACCGUUGAUGAUAUACAGAUUAAUGAAGAGGAUAAUGAGAUAAGUAUGUUGCAAGAAAAAGAGAGAGAGUUUCAAGAAGUGUAAUUGUGGCUUUUAUCAACACUGUUACUUUCGUGCAUUGGCAGUAACAGUUCAUGUUUGCUUCAUAAAUGAAGCCGCUUUAAACAAAUUCAUAUUCUGUCUGGAGUGACAGACCGCAUCUUUUUCUGUUCUUGCUACCCAUGACUGUAUAUGGAUGAUUCAGAAAUUGGAACCACGUGUUUUACUGUGAAACUGGCACUGAAUUAAUCAUCUAUAAAGAAGAAAUUGCAUGGAGCAGGACUCUAUUUUAAGGAACUGGGGGACUUGUUUCAUUUCAAAUUUGCGACUGAUGUUGGUAGAGAAAGCACGUGUCACAGACUGCACGCACCAUUUCGCAUGCCUCCAGAAAUGUCUAAUUGCUGAAAAAACACAUAGCUUUAUUUUCAGUUACAACCUGCAUUUUCUAGUUACUUUGGUCUCUGCAAAGUAUAUUUAAGCCUGGAUUGUGGGGAUAAUACAUUUUUCUCAAAGGGAUCUAGCGAAAAGAAGAAAAAAACUCAAUAGCAUCAGUCAUUGUACAUAUAGUGAAGAGUGGAAUCAAAGUGAUUGGAAUAGACUUGGCAGCCUUGUAGCAGCUGAUUGAUGAUCUGGAUUUGAUCUUGGUCUCUUCUGAUUUAACCCAUUUCCCACUAGACAAAUGGGCAUAAUUGGCUGGAUCUAUCCAUACAGGGCAGCCAGUAGAUAAUUAGAACAGUGAUGACUGUGAUGGAGGAGACUCUCUGAAAGAGUCAUCACAGGAAGAAGCUAUGACCACUGAACAGCAAGACAGCCACUGAGGAGGACAUGUGCCAUCCAUGGUGAAGUUGGUCUUUUCCCUUGACCUCUCUAGAGUAUAGAAAUUCUGCUUGCAAAAUAUUAUGAAACAUUUAUAUUCUAAAACUAUUAAGAGUUUAGUAAAGGGACUUGGAAGAUACUGCUGAAUAUAUGAAGGUCCCUUUUUCAUUUCUGCCAUGGGAGAAAGUAAGCAUAAAUUAUAUUUAGUAUCUAAGGUUAGUUAGUCACACCCAUAUGGUAAUAGGGGUGUUGAAAACUAGGUUACUUGGCUUUUACAAGAAUACAAAGAAUCAGGAAACUUUAUUUAUAGUGUAAUCACCAUUACCUGUUUAAAGGAUCCAUUUAUUUAAAAUCAGGCACUCUAUAAUAAGAUUUAUGAAUUAAUAAAAAGAGAGCUUUAUGUAGUUGUGCAUGUCAGUUUGCUAUUUAAGAUGUGUGACAGCGUUUAUCUUACGAAGAGUUAACUUGGCAGGAAUUCCCACGAUGGACAUUGUGCUUUUGAAACUAGAACAUGUAAGACAUUAUAUGAGUUCCCCUUGCCAAUUGUUUUAAAGAGUCAAGGAACAUUUGACUAAAUGCAGAGAAUGAUUUUUUUUUAUGGUUUGUAUUUUGAUGACGGUUCUUUUACUAUAUCAUCAAUGUACACAUACACAUAAAGGAAUUCAAAUCCAUUCUAUCUUAAUCCAUGUGACAGCACUGUUGCCAUGUAUACUAUCAGAUGACCAUUUCAAUGUAGUGAUACAAAAGGGCAUGAAAAACUGUUACCUUUCCUUUGAUUUCAAAAGUCCAAGAAUUUCUAGUAUAGUUAGCUUUGAGCUUAUGUUCAAAGCUAAUGCAAAUACAACUCCCGUAAGUGGCCUUUGCUCUUUUUUGUACCAAAGAGCCCACAUGAUUUCUACAACCCCUUCCUUCUCUGAAGUACUGUGAUUCCUCAAAUACUAGUCAUUCUUCUAAUAUACAAACCAGGUGCGCAUUGGGAAGCUACAUUAACUGGGCCCUUGGAUAGUACAUGGUACAAUCAAUUAGUAAUAAAACUAGAGGUCAGUUUAAUUGUUGAAAGAACCUGUCUCAAUGUAUAACACUGAUUGUUGUGAGGGAAGUAGAUAUAGAUUAAUUAAUAUAAGUUAUGUGUGUAGACUAAGAAGAUUGGUACUUCUCGGUCUAAUAGUUUGCUUUAUUUAACUAGUGGUUUCAAUUUUCUUAGGCAUGUGGAAAUGCUGUUUUAGGAGCUUGAAUUGGAAGUACCAUAAAUGUACUCUUAUUCUCAAAGCUGA